UGAGAGUUUUCAUCCGUGACGAUUCCAUUGUGUCACAUGCCACCAACAGAACAAUAAUCUAUCCAGAAGUGUAACACCUUGGUAUUGAUUCUCGCUCAUGGAACAUGACAUGGAGAGGUUUACCAGGCAUUUAGAGAUUACCCUUGCCAGAGUAUAAAUGCUAGCUCUAUUUACUGUUGACCAACAAGCUCAAAACACCACAGAUCGUAACUCCACAGUUUAUUUGGACGCUAGUAAACCCUGAAAAUGUCUCAGGCAACCAAAAGUAACCCCACUGAUGGCAAGGAAAAGGGUAUCCCUGGUCCUGCAGCAACGAGCAAAGCACCAAAGGCUGGUGAACCUGUCAUGAUGUCCUUCAGGAUCAUUAUCUUUGAGCAGGAGAAUUUCCAGGGCAGACGCAUGGAAUUCAUGAAUGAAUGUGUAAACUUGUGCGACCGUGGCUUUGACAGAGUACGCAGUGUCAUUGUUGAGUGUGGACCAUGGGUGGCCUUUGAGCAGUCCAAUUUUCGUGGAGAGAUGUUUAUCCUGGAAAAAGGAGAAUAUCCUCGCUGGGAUACCUGGUCUAACAGUUACAGGAGUGACAACUUCAUGUCCUUCCGUCCAGUCCGAAUGGAUUCCCAAGAACAUAAGAUCUGCCUAUUUGAGCGUGCUGACUUUCAAGGCAACAAAAUGGAAAUAAAUGAAGAUGAUGUUCCAAGCCUCUGGGCUUAUGGUUUUAAUGAUCGUGUGGGAAGUGUGAGAGUUCCUUGUGGAAGCUGGGUCGGCUACCAGUACCCUGGCUACAGAGGUUACCAGUACCUGUUUGAGAAUGGAGACUACAGACACUGGAACGACUGGUGUGCCUUCCAGCCACAGAUGCAGUCCAUGCGUCGCGUCAGAGACAUGCAAUGGCACAAGAAGGGCUGUUUUACUUUCACUUCAAAAUGAACUCCUUACUGCCUUCCAGACAGUGUAAAAUCUCACAGGUUUCAUCUUCAAAAGUAAUGAGCAUGUUUACAGUAUUUUUUAAUAUAACUCCUGAAAAAAAUUACAUAUGCUCUACUUUGUAAUAUAAAUAAAAAACAGAAUGA